AACCCCAAAUGUUACUGUGAUGUCAUCGAAUUUUGAGUCGUCUUCAAGCAGAAAAAUUACAAAAUUGACCCCCACGUUCCAAGUUUCAGCUCCACACAGUCUACGACGUUCACAAACUGUCUCUACUUUUCAAAAAAUGGUUUUUAGUUAUGACGAAAAAAGUUAGGUUAUGUUGUUGACACUCCUUGAACCUUUAAUUUAGACGACCAAAAUGCCAACAAAGCCAUGGAAAAACAUCCACAAUUGUAAAUUAUGCCCCUAUUUUACAACAUCAGUUUUCGUAAUGGAGAUCCACGUCAGAGGACACAGUUUCGCUGUGGAAAAAUUCACGUGUGGAAACGAAAUUGAAGCUUAUUGCUGUAAAGACUGCGAUUUUAAGACAGAGCUGACGAUUUUGUUCAAACAACACAUCAAUGAGUAUCACAAUGUUAAAAAAAAACCUACAGAGAGUUUGUCAGGGGACUUCAGAGUACAAAGUUACGUUUGCGACAAGUGCAACUUUGAAACAAAUCACUCGUUAAAGUGGCUUCAGCAUAAUUCAGAGUGCACUGGAACGAAAGAAAAUUUAAACAAACUGUAUGCAUGUGACAAGUGUCCAUUUAAAAGCAGGUACAAACAAGUGUUAAAAAUUCACAUAAAUAUGAUCCACUUGGACGAACAAGACGCAGAAUGGCACAAGUGCGGAAAGUGUUCUUACAAAACUAGAGCAAAAAGCAAUUUGAUAAAUCACAUCAAUUACUUACACUCGAGCGAAAAAGACAUUAAAUGGUAUGAAUGCAACGAGUGUUCGUUCAAAACUAAGUAUAAAAAGUCGUUAACGAGACACAAAAAUGCUAAACAUCGAGACAAAGAAAAAAUUAAGGAACAAGAAAAUCAAAAUUACGCGUCGCGUUUAAAAAGUCUCGUGAUUUGUGAAAGUUUGGAUGAAGAAAUUAAGUGGUACAAAUGUGCGACCUGUCUGUAUAAAAGUAAAACAAAAUAUAUAUUAAAAAGACACGUGCUACUCCACCAUUCGGAUGUUAAAUCGUUUCAGUGCAAAUAUUGCCCUUAUAAGACAAAAUUAAACAGUUAUUUAAACCCUCAGAUGAGCAAAUGGCACAAGUGUGACCACUGCAUCGAUUUAAACGAACAAGAAAUCGUAUGGCACGAGUGCGAAAAAUGCCCUUACAAAACUAGGAAAAAAAGUGGCUUAAAAAGACACAUAAAUUCGUUUCACUUGAACGGAGAAGACGUUACGUGGUACGAAUGCGACCAGUGUCCUUUCAAAACCAAGCAAAACUCGUCCUUGAAAAGACACAUAACGUUGAAACAUUUAGACGAAGAACUAGUUAAAUGGUACGAAUGUGAACAUUGCCCCUUUAAAGCGAAGCAACCAUCCAUUGUUAAAAAUCACGUAAUUUCGCGACAUCUCGAUGACAAAAAAAUCAAGUGGUACGAAUGCGAAGAGUGCCCUUUCAAGUCUAAAUUCAAAGGAUCGUUAAAAGAGCACGUGAAUAAUAAACAUUUGGAACAACCAGAGUGGUACGAAUGUGCGAAUUGCUCGUACAAAACUAAAAUUAAGUAUAAUUUGCCGAAACAUAUGAAAACCCAGCAUUCUGAUACCAAGUUGUACGAGUGUAAAUAUUGUCCAUACAAGGCUAAACUGGAUGCGUAUUUGAAGAAACACGUGAACAAACACCACGCGGUUGGGGACGAUGUUAAAUGGUACAAAUGUGAACGGUGUCCUCACAAAACUAAAGAUGUUUCGACUUUCUAUAGACACAGACAGAAACACGUGCAUGAUUUAGUUAGUAAAAAAUAAAUAAAUGAUUUUUAUAAUCACAAAAAUUGUUUUAGUCCUUUCCAUACACUAUGUUCAUUUAUUGUGAAAAAUACAACA